AUGUUAAAAAAACCUUUAUAUAGUUUUAAAAAAUCAAACUAUAACUUUAUAAAAUGUCUUAAUAAUAAAAAUAGCAAUUUAUUUUUCUCACCAGCAAGAUCGUUUGUAUCUUCAAAUAUAAUCAAUGACCAAUGUAAUAGUAACUAUAGUAAUAAUAUAAGUAAUAAGGAUGAUGUUGAAAAUAGUAUUGAAAAUAUUAAAAAUACAAUUACUUAUUUACAGUCAUUGGAUCCAAUAGAAUUUCAUAAAUACUCAAAAAUAGAUUUGGAUAAGGUUAAUGACGCCUUUAUAAAGUUUGGGAAAACUUCGGGAUACAGAAAUGUUUUUUCAGAUAAUAUAGAUUCAAUUAUCAAUUUAAAUUUAGAAGCAAAAAAUAUAGACAUUUCAAUAGAUUACUUCAAUUUCAAUCAAUUAAAAGAAAAUGAACAACCUACAUUAAAAGAACAACCAAAACAAUUAAAUUGCUAUAAAGAAACUUUUCAUUCAAUUUUAAUAAAAUGUAUAGAAACUAAUAAUACUUCAAAAGCAAAACAACUGUUUUUAGGGAAUUUAAUUUUUUUAAGGGACUAUAUAGUAUCACCUAGUUUCCUUGAGUUUCUUCAGAGAAUGUAUGAUCAAAAUAGCGACUAUAUAAAGGACAUUAUCAAAUUGUUACAAAACUGUUACAUCAAACCAAGGAUAACUCUGCCAAUUUUUUCAAAAUUUUUUUUAAAAAAUAAUGAUAUCAAUAUGGCAAAUAAAUUCUAUAGCAAUUUUUUAGGAUUAAAAUUUCAACCACACGAUGAAUCAAUUAAUCUUUUCUAUACAUUUAUGGAGUAUUAUUAUAGAAACAAUCUUUUAGAAGAGGCCAUCAAACUUUUUAAUCAAAUUACAGCACAACUCAUUAAAGAAGAAGCUGAAGUAAAAUUACAAGCCGAUUCAUCAGUCUAUUUUAGAAUUCAUUCAAAGGUACUCAUAAACAACUUUGAAAAAAAGAAGAGAUCAUACCACAGAUUUGUAAUAUAUCAAUCAUUAUUUGAAAUGGCCUGCAAGAAUAAAGACUAUCAUCGUUUAGAUAGCUUGAUUAAAGAAAUGAUUAAUCAUAAUUAUUUAGAGCUCCCAUUUGUAUUAUUUUAUAAUCAUCUACAAUACUGUACAGAUAAUAAUAACUUAAUUAGAUAUAUAGACAAUAUAGAUAAUAGUAUAGAUAAAAUUAUAAAUAAUAAUAAUAUUAAUAAUAAUAAUAAUAAUAAUAAUAAUAAUAAUAAUAAUAAUAAUAAUAAUAAUAAUAAUAUAACAUCAAUAAUAUUUUUAUAUUUAUUAAAAAAUAUUUCAAAUUUAAAAUCCUAUCAAUUAGUUUUAAUAAUCGAUUCACUUAUACAUUUAUUUACAAAUAGUUCAUUCGAUAAAGCAUUAUUUUGGUAUACUUAUGCAAUUAAACUAAAUAUUUCACCAAAUACAUCAAUGGUUAAAAAACUUACAACUUAUAAAAACCAACCAAAUAAACUUAUUCAAUUCUGGAAUGACCGUCUUGAAGAUAUAAAACACUUAUCACAAGAGUCCUCAACUUUUAUAAAUCAAAAUGACCCAAAGAAAGUUUAUUAUCUUUUCACGAAGCUUUUAUCAAGCAAUUUAUUCGAAUAUAAAAUUUAUUCAAAAGAAUAUUUUUUGGAUUUAGAUCUCUUCGAUAGCUCCAUCGUUAAAAAAGAAUUACCUGCAAGUGAUGUUAGCGUUAAGAAUCAUAACGAAUAUAACGAUGUAUUAUUAAACACCUUCAUUUCAAAUAAUGAACCAGAUUCAAUUUUAGAAUAUUUCGUUACAAAUUAUUUCAAAAAAAAUAUAAUCCCACCAAAUAGAUAUCUUUUAACAGCUGUUCCAAUAUUUAGACGAAAUACCAAAGAUUACAUUAAAUAUUUAAAAGUUGCACCAGACUAUAUCAAAUGCAUAUCAUUCAAUCCUCAAUACUAUAACUCAGUUAGUGUGAUAGAGAUCAAUGAAUUUUUAGAAAUGGUAUCUUUAGAGAACAUAAUUAUGGUUCGAAACUCCACUGUUGCGCUUAAUCAAAUUUUAUCAUUUUUAGUCAGAGACGAAAUGUGGGAAGAAAUAAUGCCACUAGUCAAAGCUCUUAUAUCAAAAGGAAUCAAAAUUUUAGAGCAUCCAUCAUUAUGCGCAAAGAUAUAUUUAAGAGUAAAAACAAAAGUUAUGGAGUACCCAAAAGAAAUUUUCGAUGAAUAUUUCCUUAAAAAGUUUUCACCCUCAAAUCCAGAGUCAGUUUCAAUAUACAAUUGCUACUUAUUACAUUUAAUUGAAGAAAAAAAAUACCAAGAGGCAUUGGGAAUUUUUGAAAACAUUGCAUCAAAAAAUCAACUAACUUUCGAUCUUGGUUGUGUAAUUUAUGGAAAUCUUUACAACGAAGUAGACCCACAUAAUAUCAAGGCUUUUAUUAAGAAAUGGGAUGAACUAUUAGAUAUUAAAAAAUUAUUUGGAUUUCACCCACACAUUUACUACGAAGAGUUUUUCAAAAUUUUACUCAAUAAUAAUCAAAGGUCAUUAGUAAAGAAGAUUUAUGAUAGUGUCCCAAAUUUUUUUGAAAAUAUUACAAUGGUCACCAUCGAUUUAAUAUUAAAAACAAUUCCAAUCAAAAACCAUAACGAAUAUGUUCAAAUUUUCCUAAAGACAAGAAGAUUUAAUUUUUAUUCGCAAGAUAUCAUAGAAAGAUUAAAAAUUUCUUUAGAUUACCUUCAAGAAAAUAGUGAAGAUUAUAAAAAAUUAUCCGAUUUCUUAAAUGUAUACACACCAGUGCUCUCAACCAGAGAAAGAAAUAAAAAAAUAUUAAAAGAAUCUAGCAAAGACUAUUUAAAUCAGUUAAUAGUUUAUUUAAACGAAUCAAAACCAAUAAAAAUAAAUAAAUAA